CUGGAAGUGAUGCCACUCACGACGCAAACGUGAUUUGCUUAUGCGAAAAAAUGGCUGCAGCCAGUUUAGGUAUAUUUUGCAGAAAAGCAUCAGCCCUCCUAAAGACUUCCAGGUUGUUAAUAAGUUCUCAGGCCCCGGCGGGCGCAAGGUUUUCUCUUAAUUUGUUGCCUAAGAAUACACCAAAUGUCACACCUUUACACCACUGUAGAAUACUUCAUACCACGUUGUCAAGGAAAGGACUGGAAGAAUUUUUUGAUGACCCAAAGAACUGGGGGGAAGAAAAAGUAAAGUCUGGAGCUGCAUGGACCUGUCAGCAGUUAAGGAACAAAAGUAAUGAAGAUUUGCAUAAACUUUGGUAUGUCCUGCUGAAAGAAAGAAACAUGCUUCUAACCCUUCAGCAGGAGGCCAAACGGCAGAUAUUACCAAUGCCAAGUCCGGAGCGGUUAGAAAAGGUAGUAGAAUCCAUGGAUGCAUUGGAUAAAGUUGUACAAGAACGAGAAGAUGCCCUAAGACUUCUUCAGACUGGUCAAGAAAAAGCUAGACCUGGUGCUUGGAGAAAAGACAUCUUUGGAAGAAUCAUCUGGCACAAAUUCAAGCAGUGGCCUAUACCUUGGCAUCUAAAUAAGAGAUACAACAGGAAACGAUUCUUUGCAAUGCCUUAUGUGGAGCGUUUUGAGAGACUGAGACGUGAGAAACAAGCCCGUAUCCAAGCAAGGAAGAAACAUUUAGAGAAAAAGAAAGCAGAAAAACUUACGGAAAAGUUUCCACAUCUUGCUGAAGCCCAGAAGUCAAGUCUUGUCUAAGAUGUCUGAACUCUUAAUUUGCCAUUUUGUUUUUCUUAGAUAACAAUCCAUGUUAAGUGAUUUAUAAAGAAAAUGUGGUUUUGGUCAAACAGCUGUGUUCAGUGUUAAUAUGGCAUGCUAAUUCUGGAAGUGGUCUUGCUUUUAAAACUCAGGUAUAAAAUUCAGAUUAAGUUUUCAUUGUACAAAUUAUGACAUCUAAGCAGACUUCACUAUCACGUAUCUUUGAGUGGGAAAGUAAUGUCAACAUAUAUAGCAAAGGCAAUUUGGUUACAUUUUAACUAUUAUUCACAGGAUAUAAAGGUGUGGAUACUGCUGUUAAUAAACAAUGAGUACUUUCACUGAAAAUACUGAUAAAUACAGUUAGUACUUAAAGUAGCAAGUCAAUACAACAGUCCAAACAUGUACUUCUGAAAUGGUUAAUAAUUUUUAUUUAAAUUUGCAAGCCUAAGGUAAAGAGAGCAUAGGCAAUAAAUUUUAUUCAUCAAUAAAAAGCAGUUCUACCAAUCCACUGAUAAUAUACUAAGCAGAGUUUGAAAGCCUUUGACUGAAAGCAAAAUAUUUAGAGAAAAUAGACAUUUAUACAAAAUUAUAAAAUGCUUGUAAUAAGAAUAAGUACAUUUCAAGGACAGCACAACCUAAUUUUACUUUAUACAGCCAGUUAAAGUCUUAAAAAUUCUUAAGUGGAAAUUGAAAAAUGUAAAAAUAUAUUAACAUUCUACAAAAGAUGGUCAUUUUUUCCUGAGUGUACUAAAGCUAUGAAACGUAAGGAGAUGGGAAGAUGGAGCAGUGGGAACACUUUUCAAGGGCAUUUCCUUUCUACACACUGCUUCCCUCCUUCUUCAUAUUCUUGUUUGGAAAUCCACAUCUGUUGAAAGGUGCCCUAUAAAAUGGAAAGAAAUAUUAUAUUAUUGUGCCUUUUUAUUACAAAAUACUUUUUCUUUUAAUAUCUUUAUUUUUAUAAUUCCUAAUUUUUUAAGGACUCUUAAAACCUCCUCCCCCCAAAUAGUAUUCCAUUACUCUCUUGUUAUUUCUGCCCUCCUCCAGAACACCCAUGGCACUACUGAGGGUUUGAAGGAUCAGGGUGCCUUUGGCCAGUGGCAUUCGCCUAUGUGGGUGUGAGAAGUGGUGGCUGGUGGGUCUUGGCCAGCGGGUUACUCUUGUGCAGUGUGAACGCACCUCCAUUUACCUACCCAGGGAAAUGGCAUUUGCUGUGUUCGCUGUGUGGCCACUGUGCAAUACCCUGCGCUCUGAUAUCCUGCAGCGUGAUUUAGGGCACACAGGACAUUUCUGUGGGUUCUCAGGUCUAGGAGCAGAAUUGCUGCUUGUGGUGGAUGUUCUGCUUGGUGGUGCUGCCUGCGAAUCUUUCCGAAGGACCUACGCCAGCCUCACUGGUCAUUUAAUUUGAACUGCAUUAAAUCCAUUAGUUUUAGGGGGCAGCUGACAUCUUUAUACACUAGUGUGCUUUACAUUGUAAGUAUUAUUUCUUCCUACAUUUGGUUCUUUACAGAGUCUUCAUGAAGUGUUAUUUUAAUCAUUAAGGUCUUAGGUACAUAUUUGUACAGAUUUAUUUCCAGUAGUUUAUUAUUGCCUGAUAUUUUGGAUGGUACUUUAAAUUUUGUCCUGUUUAUAGGAUUCAGUUGACAUACUGUAUUGUUACCAGUUGAUUCUAUUAUUUUGAGCCUGGGACCUGGCUCAAAUUGUUAAAAUUCUAGUAACUUUUCUGGACAUUGUUUGGGCUUGCUAAUUUGAAAAUUAAUAAAGUUCAUGCUUAUGUAAAAAAACAAGGGCUCAUCAGAACUAGGAUAAAGUUUUGCAAGUACAGAAACAAUAGUAACAAGUACUUUACCAAAUAAAUAUAGAAAGUGGAAAGAGAAAGUGACCAAAGGAAGAAGGAACCUGUGCUACAUUAAUAAUAAACCCAUUCCCUAUGAUUAACUCUA